UGUGUUCCAAAAAAGCUGUGGAUCAUAGCGUAGACCUUUUGUUCUAAAACCACACCUCAUUCCAUUUCCAUCUUCUGCCACCUGUUUCUAACUCCCCAACCCAAGAAAUUUCCUUUUACCCCUUUCCCCUCUCCUCUUUUCUUAUUCAUCAAAAUUCCUCUUUGGUGUCCUCUCCCUCGGUCAACUCCGUUUACUAUAAAUAUGACCACUCUUUUCUUCCUCUUCUUCAACUUCAAUACUCACCUUUGAAUGGAUUCUAAUUCUUCUUCUCCAAGUCCCAACAACCACGCUUCCACAACCAAAAUCAACGGUUUCUUUCAUCCCAAGCUGGGUUCCCAACCUGCCACCAGCUCGCGAUCUCGUCUUGCCAUGGCUUCUCCUGUGAACUCCGAUCCUAAGGUCGUCACCGGCACAGCCGGUUACAUCCUCGAAGACGUUCCGCAUUUCACCGAUUACAUUCCCAAUCUCCCAACAUACCCUAAUCCUUUGCAAGACAACCCUGCUUAUUCAGUUGUUAAGCAAUAUUUUGUGCAUGUUGAUGACAGCGUUCCUCAAAAGGUCGUUGUUCACAAAGAUGGUGCAAGAGGGGUACAUUUUAGGCGUGCCGGGCCUCGUCAAAAGGUGUACUUUGAAGCUGAUGAAGUUCAAGCUGCCAUUGUUACUUGUGGGGGUCUGUGUCCUGGGCUCAACACUGUCAUUAGGGAAUUAGUGUGUGGCUUACACCAUAUGUAUGGGGUGAAGAGAGUUCUUGGAAUCAAUGGAGGAUAUAGGGGCUUCUAUGCUCGCAAUACAAUUACUUUAACCCCUAAAAGUGUGAAUGAUAUACAUAAGCGUGGGGGAACUGUCCUUGGAACAUCACGAGGUGGACAUGACACCAAAAAGAUAGUUGACAGUAUUCAAGAUCGGGGAAUCAAUCAGGUUUAUAUAAUUGGAGGAGAUGGAACUCAGAAGGGUGCAUCUGCAAUUUUUGAGGAAGUCAGAAGGCGUGGUCUCAAAGUUUCAGUUGUAGGUAUCCCCAAAACCAUAGAUAAUGAUAUCCCGGUUAUUGAUAAGUCCUUUGGCUUUGACACUGCUGUUGAGGAGGCUCAACGAGCUAUAAAUGCAGCACAUGUUGAAGCUGAAAGUGUUGAAAAUGGCAUAGGUGUUGUCAAGUUGAUGGGUAGAAACAGCGGAUUUAUUGCAAUGUAUGCUACACUUGCAAGUCGAGACGUGGACUGUUGCUUAAUUCCAGAGUCACCCUUUUACCUUGAAGGUCCUGGUGGACUCUAUGAAUAUAUAGAGAAAAGACUCAAAGAAAAUGGGCACAUGGUUAUCGUCAUUGCUGAAGGAGCAGGACAAGAACUUGUUUCUGAGAGCGUGCAGUCAAUGAGCAAACAGGAUGCUUCUGGAAAUAAGCUUUUUCAAGAUGUUGGCCUAUGGAUAUCCCAAAAGAUUAGGGAUCAUUUUGCUGCACAGAAGACCCUGCCCAUAACUCUCAAAUACAUAGAUCCAACUUAUAUGAUUCGAGCUAUUCCAAGCAAUGCUUCUGACAACGUGUACUGCACACUUCUUGCUCAAAGUGCAGUUCAUGGAGCAAUGGCAGGUUACACUGGCUAUACAAGUGGACUUGUCAAUGGAAGACAAACUUAUAUACCCUUCUAUAGAAUCACCGAGAGACAAAACCACGUAGUGAUAACUGAUAGAAUGUGGGCUAGGCUUUUAUCUUCAACAAAUCAACCCAGCUUUUUGGAUUCCAAGGGUGACAAUGAAGAGAAGAAGGAAGAAGAAGCAGCAUUGAAUCAGUUACCGGAUGGACAUUGUUCCAAAGACACUUCUUUGGCUAACAAAGAAAUCAACAGCAUUUAUCCCACAACUUGCUAGUUGUUAUUAUUGUCAUUAUUACGUGAUAUAUCCUUUUAUCAUGCGUUAUACGUAGUACAUAGGAGCUGUCUUUUUUGCCCUUGUAUGUCAAUAAUAUGGCUGUGGAACACUCAGCCUUACACAAUGAUGUUAGUCAAUAUGUUGUGCUAUGAUUUGUAAGCUUUCCAAUGAGACUGGUUUAUCUGGAAAUGAACUUUAUUAGUUUGAAUCAAUUAAUUAAUUAUCCA